AUGUCCCAAGAACCCAGAAUCCCUGACGUCUACGGUCCUGGGACCUACACCGAUCGGACUUUCGUUCCAGUACAGCAGGAUACGGAGCGUAUAUUCAGACUGAUUGCAUCGCAAACGCCAGGCUUCACUCAAGAUGAAAGGCUUCUCUCAAAAGUCAAGUUCGUCGGAGAGGACUUCCCUGUCAUUCCGGGCCCUCUCAAGGCGACGUCUGUAGCGGCAGCUUUACAUGCUAUGGCCGGUGUCGUCGCUGACGAGAUCCUCACAAUUCGCGGAGCUGAGAACAAGGACCGCCAAAUCACGAUCAACACAACCCAAGCGGCUUUCUGGUUCGGUUGCAUCGCUACAGCCUACCUUGAUGGCAAAGAUGUUGUUACUCUUACUAAGAACGGAGAGCUUAAGAAGCUUGUCCCUGAUUGGGAGCAAGGCUGGACGAGCACGCCACUGAAAUACCGUACGACGGGCCUUUAUCCUACUUCAGAUCCCGAGACUUGGUACUCGCUACAUGGCUCCAUGAAUGCCGAUCCUGUCCUCAAGUCAAUCGGCAUUGAUCCCUCGACACCUGUUACUUCAAAUCAGGAGGCAGCUGAACUGAUUGCCAAACACACUAGCCAACUCACUCCCGAGAAAUUGGAGUUCACCAAUCUUCUGAACGGCUUCUGUGGUAGUGUAUGCUUCAGCCCUAAGCAGUGGAACGAGAGUGAGAUGGGCAAGUCGCUUGCUGCUCACCCUUUUGUUAACGUCAAGCCCCAACCCCAGGCUAUUCCUACCCCACCAGUGGCAUUCCCUCCUGUGGACGCCAGCGACAAACGCCCUUUGGCAGGUGUCAAGGUUGUGGAGAUGACCCGUGUCAUUGCUGGUCCACAGAUUGGUACUAUGCUGGCCAGCUUCGGCGCGGAUGUUAUUCGUGUCAACCCACCGCAUCUGCCCGAUAUCAAUAUCAUGCAGCUUACACUCAAUGCGGGUAAGCGUACUAUUGCCAUCGAUCUGAGGAAACCAGACGAAGCCGCAAUUCUACAGUCUCUUAUUGCAGACGCAGACGUCUUCAUUCAAGGAUUUAGACUUAACAAGUUGCCCAAGUACGGUCUUGGUCUGAACGAUAUUCUCAAGCUUGCGGGUGAACGUGGUCGUGGCAUCGUAUAUGUGUCCGAGAACUGCUAUGGCCCUGACGGCUACUACGCCGAACGUCCUGGCUGGCAGCAAAUCGCAGACGCGGCUUCUGGUGCUGCCUACGUCACUGGGCGUUCGUUGAACCUACCAAACAAUGAAGCCGUGCUGCCAUCCUUGCCCAUCAGCGACAUGACUACAGGUGUCCUCGGCGCUCUUGGUACAUUGAUCGCCUUGCGAGACCGUGCCACUAAAGGCGGAAGCUAUGCGGUGCACUCUUCUCUCACUGCUGUCAACACAUUUGCCCUCAAGCCGGAGGUUGGUCUCUACUCUCCCGAGACUGUUGCAAAGUGCGCAGAGCGUUUCCAAUGGACUGAGAUGCGCGGAUCACACCACGUCCUAGAUCUGUUGAUGACCGUGUGGGGCGGCUGGAAACGUGUUCUUGGCGACCAUCUCGAGGAGUCCAGUGGAUGGUUCCAGAGCUUCGAAGGGAGUGCAUACGAGGGCAAGAAACUGAGCAUUCUGAAACCAAUUGUGAGCCUGAGCGACGCUGAGAGCACGCCAAGAUGGUCCACUCCUAGUGUGCCAUAUGCUUUCGAGAAAUCCGAGGGAAUUUCUUUCAGAUAA